AAGCCCUAACCCCACCCUCCUUUGCCUCCUCUCUACUCCUCCUCCUCUUCCGCAUUGGACCUUUUCCCAUGUCCUCCAGCGCCUCCAGGUUCAUCAAGUGCGUCACCGUCGGUGAUGGCGCUGUCGGCAAGACUUGCAUGCUCAUCUGCUACACCAGCAACAAGUUCCCCACUGAUUAUAUACCUACUGUGUUUGAUAACUUCAGUGCUAAUGUUGUUGUGGAAGGGACUACCGUGAAUUUAGGCCUAUGGGACACUGCUGGGCAAGAGGAUUAUAAUAGAUUGAGGCCUUUGAGUUAUAGAGCAGCAGAUGUGUUUGUGCUGGCUUUCUCAUUGGUGAGCCGGGCAAGCUAUGAGAAUGUGCUUAAGAAGUGGGUACCAGAACUCCAGCAUUAUGCUCCUGGAGUGCCCGUGGUUCUUGUUGGCACUAAAUUAGAUCUUCGAGAAGAUAAGCACUACUUGGCAGAUCAUCCUGGCAUGUUGCCUGUUACUACUGCUCAGGGAGAGGAGUUGCGGAAGCAGAUUGGUGCCACUUACUACAUAGAGUGCAGCUCAAAAACUCAGCAGAAUGUAAAGGCAGUGUUUGAUGCUGCAAUCAGGGUUGUUAUACAGCCCCCAUCAAAGCAGAAGGAAAAGAAGAAAAAACCAAGACGGGGAUGUUCAUUAUUGAAUGUCCUUUGUGGGAGGAAACUUGUGUGCCUCAAGUAAAGAUUUGCACAGUUGUUUUGUUUAGUUGGUCUGAUUUUGUUGUGCUUAUGCCGAGAUUAGAUUGCUUUACCCUUGAGCUGGUUAUGUCGCCGCUCUAUCAGUGGCUUCGGUAGUUGUGAUGUUUGACGAAGCUCCUAGCCGGGUGAUAAAUCACUCUGUUGAUUGUUUGCACAGGGCAUUAUCACUUCAAUCCAAAACUCUAUAGUUUCUUAUAUCUGUUUGAAUUAAUGAGCUUGAAGCUUAAAUGUGGUUUCUACAAUUACAAUUUGCCAAACAUCUGAAUUAACAUUCUUUUGUGAAAUGUAAAGAUAUAUCAGUCGAUUGGUCUUUUAUAUUUUUCAGUAAAAUUGUGGGUUUUCUUGCAA